CGGGCCCCGCGGCCCUACCAGUCGGGCCCCGCCGCGGGGCAGGCUGCGGAGGGGAGGAAGCGGCAGCAGCCCCCGCCCUGCCCGGCUCCCCCCCGGGCCAGGGGUUGGGCUCCCCGCCGGGCGAGGCAGAGCCGGCCACCUCCCCUCCUCCUCCUCCUCCUCCUCCUCCUCCUCCUCCUCGCCUUCCUACUUCUGCACCGGCUCCGCUCCCGCUCCGGCUCCACCACUGCCCCUCGGCCGCCGGGGCUGCCACACAGCCCCCCUCCCUCCCUCUCUCUCCCCCGCCCCCGCCGGUCCCCCUCCGCCCCGUCCCCAGCGCCGCCGCCGCUUCCACAAGAUGGCGGGGACCGUGGCCGAGCGGGACGCGCUGAAAAUAGAGGACGGGCAUUUAAACAACUCCCUAGGAUCCCCGGUGCAAGCUGAUGUGUACUUCCCUCGCCUGAUCGUCCCCUUCUGUGGGCACAUCAAAGGAGGAAUGAGGCCGGGAAAGAAGAUCUUAGUUAUGGGCAUAGUGGACCUCAACCCCGAGAGCUUUGGCAUCAGUCUGACUUGUGGGGAGUCGGAAGAUCCUCCUGCGGAUGUAGCUAUUGAACUGAAAGCCGUAUUUACAGACAGACAGUUUGUCAGAAACUCUUGUGUAGCAGGAGAAUGGGGGGAAGAGCAAUCAUCUAUUCCUUACUUUCCGUUUAUACCGGACCAACCUUUUAGGGUUGAGAUACUUUGCGAGCAUCCCCGUUUUAGAAUAUUUGUGGAUGGACAUCAGCUCUUUGAUUUUUACCACCGUAUUGAAACACUGUCAGCAAUUGACACGAUAAAGAUAAAUGGAGAUCUUCAGCUUACAAAACUUGGCUGAGCUUGUUAGGACUGCAGAUUCCAAACCGGCUCAGGUGCCAUCGUCUGUUUGGAGAAGCGACAGCCGGCUCUGGACACAGCUAUGGUAGGAAGGCUGCCCCGUUCCUUUUCCGCAUGCAGUUCUUCACUCCUGUGCCAAUGAACCGGGCUGUUGUUUAUCCUAAUGAAGAACAUUGUUGGUUAAUAGACAUUGAGCCGUUUUUCUUGGAUCAAAAUAGCCCACCUGUGCUAGAUAAUCAAAUUGGAAUGGAUUCAGAAAGACUUGCAGUUUUGUUUCAAAUCUCACAGAAAGGCACUUUCUGAAAUGCAGCGCUAAAACCAGUUACUGAACAGCAGUGACAACAACAACAAAGUUUUUCUUUUGCAAAUAUUGUUUCUGCACUGAAGUGGAGUAGUGUAGCACAACAUAGGGCCACGUGCUGAUGUCCUUACCAGGGGCCUGAGCCUGGUCCCAUGGAAAUCAAUGGCAAAACUCCCACUCACUUUAACGGGGUACAAUCAAACUGUCUAGUCCUUAGUCAAGCACAAUUCCUACUGAUUUCUGUGGGAUUUUUGCACACACCUGGGGGCCAGCUCUUCUGCUGUUGUAAAUCAGCAUUACCUCCAUGGCUUGCAAUGGAAUUUUGCUGAUUGCUCUGAGCUGCUGAUUUGGCCCAAGGACUGUGCAAAAACUGAAUGAGGGUGUGAGGACACAGCCUGUAUAUUUUAGUCAGGGUAUUUGCAUAGAAUGUAGGUCGUUACAAGUUUUUGCACAAUGUAUUGUUAAUACAAUUUUUAAAGCUUAUCUGUAGUUUAUUUAUUUAUACUCAUUGUAUGUAUUAUUAGUAAAAAUGAACAAUCUUACUGAUGGUUAAGAACAGCAAAGUGUAAACAUUUUGAAUGUACAAAAUGUCUUAGGUUCUUUGGGUAAACUUUACAUAUCAUUCUUGAAAAAACAUGUUUCCUAUCAAACAUUUAGUUACAUUUUAAUGGAGCCCUCUAGGCUCUGGGAAAAUGUGGGCAUGGUAGUUGGUGGGGGUAGGGGGAACUCUGCAUAUACACUAGAAACUGUUUUUCAGGGCUUACUAACUUUGCUGGACAGGAUAGGUUUGAGUUAAAGUCAAUCUGUUUUAAAAACCUUAAACAGCAAAUUUGUAGGUUUAACUGUGCUUUUAUAACCUGAGAAAAAGUUAAAUUUGGCAGUCUCUCAGUUCAGAAAGAGAACCAGCCUCUUUGCAGGGGAGAUGGGAGAUUUUAUGCACUUGUUUGAGAACAUAUUCGGCCUUUGAUAUGACAAUUAAAACUUGUCUAGACAGCCAAGUUAUUAAUGCUUGAAAAUCAGCUACUGCACAUGAAUAAUAACUUUUCAAGUAGCUUUUUAAAUAGUAGGUAUAGCUGUAUAAACACAGUCAUUGUGCUACACUAUAAAUGAACACAGCCACUUUUCUUGACUUCUUUAGGACUAAAUACACUUUUUUCCUUGGCUGCUCACAAUAGACUGUAGCAGGUCUUUCUGAGUAGUUAUAAUCAUGAUAUAUAUUUAGGCAAUUUUGAAAACAUGUAAUAUAGGGACUUUCUAAGACACAGAAUACAAAAAGAUCUUUUGUAGCACAGUAUUUAAGGAAAAAAAAAAGAAGAAUCUCACACAGAGAACUAUGUUAAACCUGCAAUAAAGCUGUGGUUUAAAGCAACCAGAACUGGAAUAUCCGAAGUUAAGGGUAGAAUGCCAGUUGCAAAGCCUCAUUUUGCGCUAAUUUGGCCUGCAGUUAAGAAGCCUUAGACUGCAAGCUGAAAUUCCAACUGUGGCUCUAGUCCAAAGCCUGUUGAGGUCAAUCAGAGUCCUCUGAGCAUAGAAGCCUGAUUCUUAUUUCAUGCAAGUGCAAAUCUCUUUGUAAAGCCAGGGGGGUGUUGCUGCUGCUGCAGCCAAGUUAAGAAUCAGGUUGCCACCUAUAAAGUAUAAGUUAAAAAUGGAAUUUUUAGCCUUAACAUUGACAUUCCCUGACUCUUCCUCCUCCUUCCAAAUUAAGAGAGAACUUGUUGUUUUCCAGAUGAUCUUUUUAUCUGGUGCGUGGCUUUUAAGUUGUACAUCAGAGUCUAUUUGUACUCCAGAUUGAAUCUUGAUAUGAAAUGUUCCUGUCUUGCUCUGUUUUUACUCUUUUACAUUAUACAUGAUGACUGUGUCAUUUUCCAUUGUAUAAAGAAUGCUGACAGUGUUUCGGUACAAAAUAUAUUCUUAAAAAUGAUGAUGAUAAUAAAAAUCCAAGGGAAAGGUGCUUCUA